AAUUUGUCGCAGUCGGUUGGAGUAAGCUCGUCUCUCCGAUCGGUGGUUGAACAGAUCCGUACGCAGAGUCGAAGCUGCCGAUUCUCCUCCGCUCAGCGUAUAGAGACGUGUGAAGAGAGUUACAGAGUCGCGGAGACAAUCGAGGUGAUAUCCUCGAGAGGAUAGGAAGAAUCAGUCACCGAAGGAUGGGCAUAUUCCGCGAGUUUCCGAUCGUUUUCAAUCUGUACAAGAAAUAUAGUUAGGCGGGUGAGAAUUUUGGGACGGAGAACGAACCUGGGUGGGAAGAUCGUCGCUGUUUCUACGUAUAUGGACGUCUCGCUGGAGGAUCGUGCAUCAGCGUUCACAUACGUAGGACACGCUAGGAAUGCGUAAUAGAUCAAGAAGAGAGCAGCAAUAGGCAGGAACACACGGAGCCAACAGCCUGACCAAAAGAUACCAUAGACGAGUUCGAGAAACACAAUACUCCGAGUGAUCAGCGAUUACAGUAAUAGCAAGUGUUUCUAACGUUCUCCAACAGGACACGAUGUCGAAAGUGUCAGGAAUGCUAGAGACGGAAGAUGUAGUUGGAAAAUCAACCCUGAGUGGACGAGUAUCCGACAAACUGAAAGAUGGAAGUUACAGCGGACCACCGAUGUUAUUUCGUCACGAGUCUAUGCAGAAGAUCCGCCACUGCUGCCAGAACCUCAAUCUCUUACCCUAUCUGCUUUAUUCAUUCGACAAUUCCAAGUCACAUCCGAUCGUACGUAAAGUACAUCUCUGUCUAGGCCAGUUUCUCGAAGGGCUCACGGUGAGGUUCUUCUUCCUCUACAGCAGUAUCCGACAGUCUCUGCUCCGUGACAUUCGUUCGGAGGAAUCUCAAGAGGAAAAACCGGCGAAAACAUCUACCCUGAUGUUCCGAGAGUUCGGCAAACAGAAACCCAAGCAGAAUCCUCUGCACCUGAUCUUGGCUGUCUAUUUCGUCCUGUUGCUGUUGACCAUCCAAAUGGUUGGGCUGUUCAGCUUGAUGGUGUUUGGAAAAUACACACCGGGUUUCAUCUUUCUCGUCUCAUCUCUGAUGUUCCUCGCCUACAUCUCGUUGAAGGUCCUCUUUCACGAGAGCGCGAACGCGAAAUGCAGAAGUAAGAAGACGAAAGCGCAGUGA